AUGCUGCAUAAAUCAUCAAUUCCAUUUCGCGACGAUACUUGUAUUGGCUCGAUCAACAUCGAACUCGUGGAGUUAUCCGGAAGAUGUAUCAACGGGCCGGCUCAUCUUCCUUUCGAUGCACCUGCGGGAAAGAAUUAUGGAAAGCCAACUCUGGUCGUUCGUCUGCUGGAUGCGACCAUCACAUCUGUGGAUCUCAGCACCGAUCUCGAUACCGCGAUUGAGGCAGUACCUAGAGUGGCCCACCUCACUGGGCCCGAUGAUUCGGUGAACCAAUGUCUGUCGACGCUAAAUGAAGAAAGGGAUCUGGGGAAGUCUUUAUUGGCACUAGUUGAAAAGACAGGAGUACUUGUCAACAUCAUUGAUAAGUUAUCUACUCUUCAUCCAUAUGUGAACGCGGCUUGGCAGCUGGCGUCAGCAUUACUCAAAGCCGUGUCUCACCAGAUUGAGACAGAUGAUAAACUCGUCAAUUUGGUCUAUCUCAUGGAGGAUACUUACGAUUUUGUCACCGAUGUCAAAUCACUUCCUAACAAGAUCGAAAGGAUGAAGCGGACAAUCGAGAGUCUCUCACAGCAGACAAUUGAGUGCUGCAGAUUUGUCCUGCACUAUACUGAUCGCAACUUCCCUCAGCGGAUGCUCCAGAUGAGCCGGCCAAAGGUCGACGAGUUCAUCGGGCGUUUCGGAGAUCUUAAGAGGUCGCUCGAACAAGGCAUCAUUCUACAGACUGCAUUCGUUUCCGCGCGAAUCUCGGAUAAAGUUGAUGAUAUGCAUUUCAAGGAUAUGCUCUGCCCGAAUGACAUGAACGCAUUUAAGCGUGGGCGAUGCCUUGAAGAUACGCGGAUAGAGGUUCUAAACGAAAUCAUGAAUUGGCUUUUAUCAGACACGGAGCAAAACAUCCUAUGGUUGCGCGGCGUCGCGGGAUCCGGAAAGAGCACGAUUGCGACGACGAUUGCAGAGCACUGUCGUGAGAUGUCGUGCCUUGGUGCAUUCCUGUUUUUCAAUCGAGUGGAUGGUGCUGAGGAUCAACUUACUUCUAUUUUCCGGACGAUUGCAUUCCAACUUGCCUUAUUUGACUCGUCUAUUGCAAGGCAGGUCGAGGCUGCUAUUCAGAAGAGCAACCAGAUCAAUGAGGCUGUUGCAGAAGUGCAGUUCAAUAGGCUUCUGUUAGAACCACUCAAAGCAGCGAGAGGUGAGAUGCAGGGUCCGGUCGUCAUCGUCCUCGACGCAUUGGAUGAAUGUGGCACGCUUAGCGCUCGACGAAAAUUGAUGUCGCUCCUACAAAAGGAGUUCGGAAAGCUACCCCGCAAUUUCAGAUUCCUCAUUACGAGCCGACCAGAGGAUGAUAUCAACAAAGCAAUGUCAAACCACCCGGACUUAGUUUAUGAGCUUGCGUUGGAUUCAGGAUCGGCGGCGAGCAGGCGCGACGUUCUACACUACGUUGACCAGGAGAUGCGAAAUGUCAUAGCAGACGCAGAUAUAUCCAUCCCGGAGAGCUGGCAAUGGGAUACAAAGAUGAAAAAGUUAGCCGAUGCUUCGGAAGGAUUAUUUAUAUGGGCAUCGACUGCCAUCAAGCUUGUCUUAGAGAGUCCUAGGAGGUUUCGAAAACUGGAUGAACUCGUCAAUGCAUCUCAUCAAUUGAAGGGUCUUGACCAGCUGUAUGACUCGGUCCUGCGGAACUCUGGAGUCAUUGCAACGGACGAUUCGUCUUCUAUAGCUCACUUUGUGCAAGUCUUAGGCCUUGUCCUGCUCAGCCGCGUUCCACUUUCAGACACAAUAAUCGAUGCAAUCCUCGGUUUGUCACCCACCGAACCAUCGCGUGAAAUUCUGUCGAAGCUUGGCAGUGUACUUGUAUUCAGACGAGGCGAACCCGUUCAUGUACUCCAUACCUCAUUCGCUGACUACCUCUUAUCCACGCACUCAGGCUGCUCCCAACCGGGUAGCCAGCAUAUGCACCUUUCCAAAUGUCCAUCCAAUCCAUGGUUCAUUAACAAAGCCUCCCAGCAGUCCACCAUUGCCAUGCGGUGCUUUAUCGUCAUGAAGGAAAUGCUUCAUUUUGACAUGUGUGGUCUCGAAUCGUCUUUCAUACGCAACAAGAAAGUUACCGGGAUCGAGGGUCGAAUCAACGAGACAUUACCGCCGCAUCUGCAAUAUGCGUGCGUGUACUGGGCACAGCACCUCAUCGAUGCACCGUACUCGUGCGAGCUGUUGGAUGAGUUGACAACACUCGCGCGCAAGCGGUUGUUAUAUUGGUUUGAGGUGGUUGGCCUACUGGGCCUAGUGCGCAGUGUUGCAAGCCGGGCACUCAUGGACGCUGCUGCGUGGUCCGAGCAGCAUGAUUCAGACAUUUCGUCGUUUCUAAAGGAUGCUAGCAGACUUGCCGACGAAUUUGCUAUCCCUAUAGCCGAAAGCACGCCGCAUAUCUACGUCUCUAUGCUCCCACUCAUGAAGGGCGAAUCGGAAUUCGCAGCCCACUACUCGAAACAGACGUCUCGGGUGGUAGAAGUGGAUCGAAUAGGGACGAAAUGGCCACCACUGUGGUUGAGGGUCUUGGAAGGACACUCAAAUACUGUUCGGUCUGUCGCAUUCUCACCUGAUGGGAAGUGUGUCGCGUCAGGCUCCUGCGACGGGACAGUAAGACUCUGGGACAUUGAGAACGGUGAAGCGCUAUGCGAAUUUUUCGAAGAGAAUGGAGCCGAGGUCGGUUCCGUCGCAUUCUCACCAGACGGCCUUCGCAUCGCCUUUGGGUCAGCUCGCGGGGCAGUCACGAUUUGGGACAUUGAAUCGAGGGUGGUGGUCUCAGGAUCAUUUGAAGGGCAUACCGAAGGUGUUUGGGCUGUCGCAUUUGCACCUGACGGAACGCACAUUGUGUCGGCCUCGAUGGACACGACGAUAAGAGUGUGGGACGUCAAGAACGGGUCCGCUGUUCAUGUUCUCGAGGGACAUACGGCUGCUGUACGUUCUGUCACCUUCUCCUCUGAUGGGAAGCGAAUAUUUUCAGGCUCCAAGGACAAGACAAUUCGAAUCUGGGACGCGAUAACUGGACAGGCUAUUGACGAGCCUUUCGUUGAGCACACCGACGAAAUUCGGUGUCUGGCAGCCUCGCCUGAUGGUAUGCGUAUUGUCUCUGGCUCGCGUGAUGACACAGUGAUAGUCUGGGACAUGGAGAGUAGGCAAGCUGUUGCUGGCCCAUUUCGGCAUUCAAACAUUGUCACUUCCGUCGCAUUUUCGCCUGACGGAAGGUGUGUUGUGUCAGGUUCUGCAGAUAAUACAAUCAUUGUCUGGAACGUGGAGAAUGGUGAUAUUGUUUCUGGUCCUUUCACCAGCCAUGCAAAUACUGUUAAUUCUGUUGCCUUCUCACCUGAUGGGUCACACAUUGUCUCGGGUUCCAGUGACAAGACUGUCAGACUCUGGGACGCAUCGAUGGGCAAGAUUGUAUCUGACACGUCUGCCAGGCACACAGAAGCAAUUGUGUCUGUUGCUUUCUCUCCAGACGGUAGUCGGAUAGCGUCAGGCUCAUUUGACAAAACAGUGAGACUCUGGGACGCCAGCACUGGGCAAGUAGCUUCUGUACCGUUUGAGGGACAUCGACACAUUGUUAAUUCUGUUGCCUUUUCGUCUGAUGGGAAACGAAUUGUAUCUGGUUCUCAGGAUAAGAGUGUCAUUGUCUGGGACGUAGAAAGUGGUAAGAUGACAUUCAAGCCGCUCAAAGGGCACACCGACACUGUUGCUUCUGUUGUCUUCUCUCUUGAUGGCACACAUAUUGUCUCUAGCUCUUUUGACAAGACCAUCAUUAUCUGGGAUGCUGAAAACGGUGACAUGCUUGCUCAAUCUGAACAAAUGCACACGACUGCAAUUGACAUUGUUGCCUUCUCACCGGAUGGUACACUUAUCGCAUCAGCGUCUGUCGACAACGACGUUGUCAUCUGGAAUGCCGCAGGCGGGAAAAGUGUUUCCGGACCUUUCAAAGCAAUUGAAGACAGCAACUUACAGGAGUUUGCGCCACUUGCCUUCUCUCCCGACGGGAGGUGUAUUGCCUCGCGCAGUUCGGACAAUGAUAUCAUCAUUCGUGACGUGCAGAGUGGCCACAUCAAGUCUGGACCGCUGGAGGGGCACGGCAACAAAGUCACGUCCGUUGCGUUUUCACCUGACGGGGCAUACCUUGUUUCUGCGUCCUACGAUCGGACAGUUAUUGUGCGGGAUGCCAGCAGUGGAAAUAUCGUUUCUAAACCAUAUGAAGGACACACCAGUCCUGUUAGUUGCAUCGCCUUUUCACCAGACGGUUCACGUAUUGUCUCCUGCUCCUUUGACACAACAAUACGUAUCUGGGAGAUAACAGGCAAAGAAGACGAUUCUUUAACGACUAGGAGUUUGCAAGGCAAUGUAGUACCCUCAUGCUCCCACAUACAAGACGUCGACGAUGGUCUUGCAAGUUGGGCUCUUGCAGACAACGGAUGGGUGUUAGGUCCUCAAGGCGAGUUGCUGUUAUGGCUUCCACCUGACAUUCGUCCGACUCUUUGGCGGCCACAGAACACGGCUGUAUUCAGUUGCGAAUUUUCCACAAAUCUGAAUUUCAAGGACGUCGCACAUGGCUGGUGUUGGCAUGAAUGUUUCAAUCCGGAUGUACAACUUUGACUGUUUUUUUCCUUCCAUUCACUAUUAUGUAUCUCCAAUAUUACUAAUC